AUGGACGCGAUACUGGCAGCGCUCGUCGCUCUCAUGGCACUGGCCGCCGCGAUGGCCGCCGUGCUCAGUACACUCUCUAAGGCGGCGAUAUUCGUCAUCCUUGCCGUAGCGCCCUGCGUCUACCGAUAUAGGAGGCACAUUUACGUGUUCAUCAAAACACUGCCGAGAGACUGCAAAUUCUUAUGGCGUUACGCCAAUGGUAUGAUCAGGUCGAAGAGAUGGGGCCGUCAGGAUGCGACGGUGGCGGAGCUGUUCACGCGGCGUGCCCUCAAGAACCCGGACGCUCCAUGCUUCUUUGUCGUCGGUGACCGCGACUGGACCUUCGGAGAGAUGGCCGCUAACUCUAACAAGGUAGCUCGAGUGAUGCAAGAGCACAUGGGCCUGAAGCGUGGAGACGUGGUGUGCGUGUUCAUGCCCAACUGUGGGGAGUAUGUCUGGACUUGGCUGGGCAUGGCCAAGCUGGGCGCCGUGUCUGCCCUCAUCAACAGCAACCUGCGCCAUAAGCCGCUGCUGCACUGCAUCCAGGUCGCCAAGGCAAAGGCUAUCGUCUUCUCCGACCAGCUUGCUGACGCAAUAUCCGAAGUCCGCGAUCAGCUGCCGGAAAGCUUGAAGCUGUUCCAGCUGUACGGAGAGUGUUCCCCUGGAGUGCUGGACCUGGCUGCGGAGAUGGAGAGGCAUCCUCCGGAGUAUCCCAUCGUGACUGACAAGCCACGGUACAAGGAUACGCUGCUCUACAUCUACACUUCUGGCACCACCGGCAUGCCCAAGUCUGCUAUACUGCCCAAUUCUAAGUAUCUCCUGGUGGUUGUGGCGACGGUGCACAUGUUGGGUCUGAAGAAGUCGGACCGCAUGUACAACCCGCUGCCUCUGUACCACAUGGCGGGCGGGCUGGUGGGCACGGGGGCUGCCCUAGUGGACGGCAUCCCUUCAGUACUGCGCGCCAAGUUCUCUGCGUCCAACUACUGGACUGAUUGCAUCAAGUAUGACUGCACGGUGGCUCAAUACAUCGGCGAGAUGUGUCGCUACCUGCUGGCGCAGCCCCCGCGGCCGACGGACGCGCAGCACCGCGUGCGCAUCAUGGUCGGCAACGGGAUGAGGUCCGCCAUCUGGCAGCAGAUUGUCGACAGGUUCAAAGUGCCUCAGAUAAACGAGAUAUACGGAGCGACGGAGGGCAACGCCAAUAUAAUAAACGUGGACAACACGGUGGGUGCGGUUGGUUUCCUGCCGAAGUUGGUCCCGACGAGCCUGCACCCCAUCGCGCUGGUGAAGGCGGACGAGACCGGCACGCUGCUGCGCGGAGACGACGGAUACUGCAUACGGUGCAAGCCACAUGAGCCGGGCAUGUUCAUUGGGCUGAUCGCUCAGGGCAAUGCUUCGCGGGAAUACUACGGAUACGUCGAUAAGGACGAUAGUAACAAGAAGUUAGUCCGCAACGUGUUCUGUAAGGGCGACGCGGCCUUCGUAUCCGGUGAUAUCCUGGUGGCUGACGAGCUCGGCUACCUCUACUUCAGAGACCGCACCGGGGACACUUACAAGUGGAAAGGAGAGAACGUUGCUACCGCAGAGGUCGAGAACGCCAUGUCACCCAGCCUGCAACAGAAGGCCUGCGUCGUUUAUGGUGUUUCUAUCCCGCAGACGGAGGGUCGCGCCGGCAUGGCAUGUAUAGCGGACCCGGCGCGCGCGCUGCCGCUGUCCCGGCUGGCGCGCGACCUCGACGACUCGCUGCCGUCCUACGCGCGCCCGCUCUUCCUCAGGAUCAUCAAUGAUAUUGAGAUCACUGGCACGUUCAAGCUGAAGAAACUGCAGUAUCAGAAGGAAGGCUUCGACCCGGAGGUGAUCAAGGACCCGCUGUACUUCCGACUCGGAGCAGACUUCGUGCCCAUCACACCACAGCUCUACACCGACAUCUGCACAGGGAAGAUCAAACUGUAG